AUGCCGUCCAUUAUUUAUCCGCUGGUAUUAGUAUUAUUAACUAAUUUUUUUAUUGAACCAACAACGUGUGAUUUACCUACUAUUUUACAAACUAUUGAACUUGAUGAUAUUACAUCAUUCGUAGAUAAAAUACCAUCAAUUAUUAGUAAAGUCAAAGAAGCUGUCAAUCGAUUUCGUUGUCCAAAAGGAUGGAGACGUUUAGGUGGUUCAUGUUAUUAUUUAUCUGAUAUUAGGUCAACAUCUAUUGAUGCUAAUAAUACGUGUAAUCGUUUACAUUCAAAUCAUUCAAAUUUAAUGCAAAUUCGUAAUACAGUUGAAUUAUUUUAUGCUGCUCAUGUUUUAACAAAAAAUAAUCUUUCAACCUUACUAAUUGAUAUGGAUCCAAAUUUAUUAAAAGGAAAAACAAUUGCAGAAGUAUUAAUGAAGGAUGAAGGUCGAUGGCAACGUAUGAAAGAGAAAUUUGGUGAAAUGCGUAUUCGAUAUUAUAAAUUAAAAGCAAAAAUUCUUCAUGAAUUAAAUUCAGCUGGUUUACGUUUAUCGAGACGUUCAAAAAAAAUAAAACAAACAACACAAACAUAUAAAGAAAAAUAUAUUCAUAAUCCUAGUUAUUCUAAUGUUGAUUAUGGUUAUGAUGAUUAUGAUGAAAAAAAUAUAACAAAUUCUAUAUAUCCUAAUCAUACAACAAUACUUGAAGAAUAUGAAUAUGAUGAUCUUGAUGCAACAGAUGAAACUGAUGAAUUUGAACAAUUUGAAGAUAUUCGAGGUAUAUGUGAUCAAUUAGAUUGGAAUGUUUUAAAUAAUGAUACAACAGUUUUUAUUCUAACAACUUAUUUAAUAUCAGAUAAAAUAGUUUGUUCAUUAAGUAAUGUUGAAACAAAUAUAGAAUAUGAUCAUGUUUGUGAAUAUGUGCUCGAUUUUUGCUUUGCAAAUGUUAUAUGUGGUACACAUGGACAUUGUGUAAAUACAUUAUCAGGUUUCAAGUGUUCCUGUUCAUUUUUAUAUGGUGGUCUUCUUUGUGAAAAAAUCUCAAAGCAAGGUACACAAAUUUUAAUUAGUUUGGGUAUUGUUAUUUUUCUUUAUUUAUUAUCAAUAAAACCAAUUCGAUGGGUAUUAUACCGUGCUAUUACUCUUAUCUGCUAG